AUGGGGAAUUGCAAGUCAUGUUGCUUCGUCAAGCCCCGGACAGCCAAGUUAAUCGACGGUCAUGGAAAUCUCCGGCGAGUCAAGCUCCCCAUAACAGCAGCUGAGAUCAUGCUAGAAGAACCAAGCCACUUCAUAUCUCCGGUGGAUGAGAUCCGGCGGAGUAACCGGCUUUCGGCCAUGAAAGCCGACUGCGAACUGUUGGCCGGAAAGGUUUACCUCUUGGUCCCAGUGGGUAGGCUGAACUGUAAGGUCUCGGAAUCGCAGAUGGCCCUCCUAAAUUCGGCCUGUGAGAAAAGGCGACCCAGUUCGAAGGUAUUGCCGGCCGUUAUCGACGACGAUUCCGGUGAGGAUUCCGUUAGGGUUUUGGAAAAGGAUGACACCGGCUCUUCCGUUUGCCGGUUAGGGAAUUACAGGCAGUGGAGGCCGGUUCUGGAACCCAUUUCUGAGGGAAUAUGA